AUGGAGAGAGUGUUUUGUCAGGGUGUGGAUGAAAAGGAGAAGGGGUGUGGUUACGGAGCGGGCCAAAUUAUUUAUGACAUUGUUGCAGACAACCUACAUGUAAAUGAAGGGGACAGAGCCAUCUUGCCUUGCUUCUACUCACCAACCGACGCCGUUAUCGGCAAGUGGUAUUGGAAGACGAAUGAAAGUGUCAUUAUAAGAUCAGGCGACCCACCAGAUCCAAACUCUAGGUAUUCACUGGGUGACGCAACGUCCGGGAAUGUUAGCUUGGUUAUUAAAAAUAUAUUGAGAUGGGACAAGGGAACAUAUACGUGUGGAGUGAACGACCAGUCUAGAGAAUCAACUGAUGACUGUAAGCUAAUAGUAAACUAUCUUGAUAACCCUACAAUCACGGCAUUAAGCGACGAGAAUAUCAUUAAAAAUACAAAAGUAUCUAUGUUAUGUAAAACAUACUCUUCAUCGGAAUUGGAUAUGAUCACGUGGUUCCAUGAGGGUAACAUCAUAGACAGGGAUUCCAGCAAAUACAUUUUCAAAGACGAAAUAAACGUAUUAAUGAUAAAUGCAUUCGAUCAAAGUUAUGAAGGAAACUACAGUUGUAGGGUUGAAAACAAAUUCUUUGCCGGGAAAAACGGGAAAUACAGCAAUUCAGUUGUAUUCAGUUUACUGACAGAAGCAAGUCCGCCUCCGUCGUCCAGUUCUAAGAUUUGGAUGGUGUUCAUCAUUAUUCCCAUUUUCAUAUUAGGUGCAGUUGUAUAUUUCUUGAAGAAGCGUCCAAAAAAUAAACAUCGUUUUGAUGACAUCAUAAAUAACAUGCUAAUCAAAAAGGAUCAGAAAAAUGAGAUAAAUGCAGAACGAGCACUGGAUGAUUUUAAAACAAUGGCUUAUCUAAAAAGAGACUUUGCAAAAUCAGAAUAUGAAGAAGCUCUUGAUUUCGAACACGAUAAAGAGAUAACGGUGGCAAGAGGAGAGUGCAUCGAAGCAUCUUUUAAAUCAAAUUAUAAAUCAAAUCAUGUAUGUUUCAAAAAAAUGCCGGGAGACAAUUAUCCGUUUUGUACUAUAUUAUUACUAUCACGUGCUUGGCCAGAAAACAUUUUAAGGAGACUUUAUCCACCUCACAAAAAAUUGAAAGAUAAAAUAAAAGGGAACUGUAAUGUUAAUGACAGCCAUGGACCAGUCGAAUUUACAUUCGAAUUAAAGGGACUUAUUGAAAAUGGUGCAGCUGGAGAUGGAUACCUUACAUUUAAAGACGUAACUGAUGACGUUGAAGGACAAUAUGUAUACUUACUGCAGAUAAAACACGAGAAACGUCAGUCUGGUGCGCUACCAUAUAUAAAACACACAUUUUUUGGAAAAACGUGCAUUCAACUCUCAAGUAAGUCAGCCUGA